GUGAAUAAGUGUAGAUCACUGACCAGCAAUCAUUGCGGUAUGAUAGGUAACUCCAGUCUGCUGGCUGCUGUCCUCCCUGUUGUGUCAGUGGUGUCUCUGAGUCUACUGUCUCUUCUCUGUCUACGAUGCAAAAAGAAAACCAAGAUCAUUCAUGAGGAGCAUCAAAUAUACAAUCCGCAGACAUUCCAACGUGGGGGAAGUAUAUUUGCUGUGACGCAGUCAAAAACAGUCACCAGAGCCAAUCAGAUAACUUCAACCUCUGAUGAAACCCGUGACAGAUUUGGGGAGACAGCUAUAAGCACUUCUGAACCAGAGUAUACAAAUGUACAUGUAGCUAAAGGAGAUCCGGAACAUACAUAUGUAUCUCCACUCGCAGAGUACAUAAAUGAAAAAAAGGAUAGUGAUGAUGAUCCAGGUGUCUAUGCAAACGUCACAUCGUCGCCAACAAAAGAUGACGAGGACGACUACGAGAACUCUGAAUUCCUGGAUCAAAGAGUGGAGGAGCAAGAAGAUGAUGAACCAGAUUAUGUGAAUGAAAUCUGAGACUGCACCUGAAGUUGACACCACUGACAGCACCAGAAAACAGCCUGCAUGCUGUACUUUCUGCUGCGUAAAACUUAUAAAGUAGUUAUUUUUAUAUUCCUGCUAUGUCUGAUGUGCAGCUGAAGAAAAUGCUCAGACUUUGAUCGUGAUGGAAACCCUGCCAUCUAGUGGUAAAACAUGCUGUACACAAUGAACACAUGUAAGAGACAUGCUUUUGUACCUGUUUGUAUUCCUGAAUGUUUUCUUUGUGGGGGUCAAAAUGGAAAAUGUUGAAUCUGUUGGCAGCUUUAAUUAAGAAAGAAGUUAAUAGACUACAGAGCAAAGAAGUACCAGUUUAAUGCUGAAAUCAAACUGACCAAAUGUGCCUCAAUGUUCGGAGACUGACGAAGAUGAGAUCAGAGAUGCUUAAUUUGCUGUAUUGUUUCCUAUAAGGGGUUUUCCUAAAUUGCAGAAGUAAAAAUGUUUUGUUAUUCAUGAAGCUGCUGAAUGGCAGCAUUUUACUCCACCAGUGGAAGUUAAAGUAGUAAUACCACAAUGUAAAAUUGGCUAUACUACAGUUACACAUACAGGAAGGCAUUUCAACUGACAAAAUACAUGGAUUUAAAAAUAAAUAAAUUUAUAUUGCUGAUGUAUGGUAAACGUAAAGCAUACAUGCUAUUUAUCAAGUGAUCAGUUUUGAGCUGCCCUUACAGAUUACUCUUAUGGUAUGAGUCUUCUUCACAAGUUUGAUAAAUGCACACCCUGUUGUGUUACACUGCAGUAGUGUUGGGAUCCAGGUACAUAGUAAUUAAAGUGAGGAGAACGGUGUUUUAGUGAUAAGCAUGUUCACGUUUACAAAUCUCUGCGCUCUGCUGAUUGCACCCAAGUGUGUAACCAGUAAGACCUGCCAGUGGAUGCGCUACAACUAGCCAAUCAUUUUCUCAACUAAAUGAUUCAUCGUUUAGUCUAUAAAAGAGAUCAGAAAACAAUGAAUGAAUUCAUCUCAAUCAACCCCUUAUAUUUUUCUACCUGUCAUGUUUAUUGUUUGGCACCAAAACGGCAAAUUCCUUGGAUCUGUAAACCUAUUUGGCAAUAAAGCGGAUUCUGAUCAAA